UUCAUGGCAAAUCAUUCAGUGCAGCGGUGAGCACAAUUCGCUGCUUGUUGUGUGUGUGUGUGUGUGUGUGUGUAAUACUAGUUGACUGAAGACACGAGGAAUAUUCACUGGUAUAGAAUCAAUUCGUCUCGGGUGGAACAAGUCAAACUGGAAAAUAAAUAGUAAGAAAAUUAACAACUGUUGACCCACUUGGACUGGAUCCCAACUAAGUGUAAACACGGUCAAGUGAAUCACCGCCGUGCCUCCCUCUCUCCUGCAUGUGGGACUUGUCCAACACGACACGCCACCCACACUAUCCGUUUCCAGGUGUUCAGUUGGCAUCACCUUUACCUGUACAUCAUUACCAUUGUAUUAGAUCGAUGAUAGAUUACCUUCAGCAACACAUGAACACCUGAGACCUAGGACCAUUUAAAACUAUAAGUGGAUUGUUUGUAUAGAUACCAUGACGAGACUGGUAUGGUUCAGCGCCCUCUACACCAUAGGUGUUUUGGUGAUGGUAGUGUCCCCGAUAGAUUUUACUGCUGAUGUCACUACCUCUGCUGACGCUUCCACUGAUGUCACUACCUCUGCUGAUGCUUCUACUGAUGUCACUACCAUUGUUGAUGCUCCUAGUGAUGUCAUUACCACUGCUGACGCUUCUACUGAUGUCACUACUACUGCUGAUGCUCCCACUGAUGUUACUACAAUUGCUGAUGCUCCCACUGACGUCACUACCAUUGCUGAUGUUCCCACUGACGUCACUACCACUGCUGACGCUUCUACUGCUGACAACACUACCACUGCUGACGCUCCUACUGCUGACGACACUAUACCUACCCUCAUGCACAUUACCUUAAACACUUCCACUACCACUGAAGUUACCACUACCACUCAACCUUCCACUACCCUUUCCACUACCACUACCCCUUACACUACCACUGAAGAUCCCACUACCCCUUACGAUACCACUACCACUGAAGUUACCACUACCACUGAAGUUACCACUACCACUCAACCUUCCACUACCGUUACCACUGAAGAUACCACUACCACUGAAGAUCCCACUACCACUACCCCUUACGAUACCACUACCACUGAAGUUACCACUACCACUCAACCUUCCACUACCGUUACCACUGAAUAUACCACUACUACUGAAAGAUUUGAACCACUUCACCCUAUCCUACAGAGUCCUUCACCAUGGACGUUGACAGCAAGUUGGGAUCAUCGAGACAUGGGCCCGUUCACAUACUGCUGGAGUUGGAACUCGCACAAAGUAUAUGAGGAGACUCCCGCUACACAAACGAACUCAACUGUACCAAGUGGGGUGGUCAUCGUCUUCUCGGUUCAACGACUGCUUGGCAUAUCUAAGUCAGAAGUAGAGGCUUAUAUCCCCUGGCAGCUACACUUUGAGGCCACCUCCACCUCGGUGCUGGUGGAGUGGGCGCAAGAAGAAAAUGUCUCUCGGGUCUGUUAUUAUAGUCCAGAUGGUGUACAGUGUGAUACAGGGAUGGGAUUCGAUCGGCCAUAUUCCAUCAUCAAUAACACAUUGAUGAAGCAGGUGCAGAAUUGUACAGUCUUUCAAGAGACAUAUCAGGUUAACUUACUGAUGAAUUACCAGCCUACUGAAGAUAACUACGUUAGUUUGGCGUGGCGCUGCAACGACGAGAAGGCGUGUGGGGACAAGGGGCAUUGUUUCCCCGCCACCGAGAGCCUUGUGCAUCCGAAUUCCGACCAUGUGCAUCCGAAUUCCGACCAUGUGCCUGCGUUCUACCCUUACACCUGCCGCUGCCUCGACGAUUCCUGCCUCCCCAACCCUGAAGACAUAACGGUACCAACCUCAUCUGAGCUAAGUGUGGAUGAAGGAUACCUCGUCAUCGCCCACGCUGACUUCUCCACUUACAAGACCUCGUCGUACACGUCCCUCUCCUCCACCCCGACGUGUACCCUCCCGACGGCUCUGGCCAUCCUCAAAUACUGGUGUGAUGGUAAACGUAAGUGUCACAUCGAGUAUGAGCGCCUUCUGAGCUACCUACAGGAUCAUGUGUGUCACCGUAACACUGACGUCGACGACUUUAUCCUGACAGUGCGGCAAAAUGCUGUCAAAGGCUUCUUUAAAUGUCGGGAAGGAAUGCAACUUUACAACAAUACUUGCUUUGGCUACGGGACUCCUGAUGACAUCGACUUUGACACUGGUCGCUAUUCCUGUCUUUUGAUGGGAGGAGAUCUUGCUUAUUACAUUAUUAAUACACAGUUCUUGGAUAUGUGGGAAGAGGAGUGGUGGACGCUGGGUGUUGAGUCAGAGGCACGACCACAGAAGUUGUUUACCUGGACAGUUGAUCAGGCUUACGUCUCGGGUGAUAGAUACUUCCACUGUGGUAACAACUGUACCAACAGCACCAGGCGAGCUCUGUGUGCCCUGCCACCUUUGGACAUCUCUAUAAAGAACCAUAAUACCUCCCUUCCUUUACCUGAUAAUACUCCAUGCCGGUCUGGACCCUGCAUGAACGGUGCUACGUGUCUGCCAGCCUCUGAGGGACUCGGUCUGGCCAGCCAAACGUUCAACAGCUUCAUGUGUCGCUGCCCGCCAGAAUACUCGGGCCUUUACUGCGAGCGUCACUAUGAAGGUGUCUGCGAGGAGUUGAUCUCUCCUUCAGACGAUGAGUACAGGUUCUCGACGGGGAACGCCUCUCUGGUGUGGGUGGUGGAGUUUGCUUACUUCGGUCACAACUCCUCAAUGCAUGAUCACUUCCUAGGGUGUUACUCCCCUUCAGCUGUCACUCUUUUACGUCUGAGGUGUGAUGGACAGACAAACUGCAUCGUACUGAAGGAGGACCUACAUCACCAUCUACCUUCGUCCUGUCACCCAGUCGUCACUCCACACCUUAGCGUCCGUCUUGCUGUUCGCUCCGUUGAUGAUGAGUUGACGUGUCCUCAGAAUGGAACACUCGUUAAUUUACCUUUUCGACACACCAGGACCUGCCUACUCAUCUCUGACACCUUCUACAACGACUUCCAGAAAGCCAAACUAGACUGUAACACUCAGGGAGGAGAUUUGGCUAAGUAUUACAUACACUAUGACGAGUACCCAAGCAUCUGUACACAUGACGGCGACUCAUUUUGGACAGAACACCAGCAAGAGGUCGGCAGUCCCGAUUUUACUGUGUAUGUUAGAUAUCCUUCUUUAUACACCUGUAAGCCUGUGCUAGAAGAUGCUAUUGAAGAUUACAGUCCUGCGCUUUGUGAAAUUCCGGUGAUAAGAGAAUUUCCCAUACCAUCUACUAUCACGACAACGACCCCCACAAUGACGACCCCCACAAUGACGACCCCCACAAUGACGACCCCCACAAUGACGACCCCCACAAUGACGACGACCCCCACAACCCACAACGACGAC